AUGGUUGAUUGGUUUAAAGCAAAAGAUCCAAUAAAAUAUCGUCUUGAUGGAGAAACAAGCAAAAAUGUCAAGGGAGACACUUUCAUAUGUAGUUGCCGUAAUAUUCAGGUCGGGCAUCAAGCUUCUUCAGAAUUGUAUUACCUAAAAAAAUGGAUUUGG